AUGCCAGGGAGAACCGCGACGCGCUCCUCGCGCUCGACGCGCCAGUCGGCCGUCGCGAUACCGGACGAAGGGCCCGCCACCGCGCUGCGCACCCACGUCGUGCACAUCUUCAGCGACGCCCAGAAGACGACGGCCACGCAGCGCAAGCUGGUCGUCAACCUGCGCAAGAUCCAGGAAGCCUGCUGCUUCGAGCCCCUCGCCACCGCCAAGCAGGCCAACAGGGCCCUCGAGGAAGAGCUCGAGGACUUCGACGGCGACGACUUCAACCACGAGCUCAUGCGCAACGUCCUGCGCAUCAUGAACGUGAAGAAGAGCGAGCCCGUCGGCGACCGCGUCAUCCGCUUCCUCUGCGCCUUUCUCAGGUACGCCACCGAGAGGGACCAGGACCAGAGCGACAGCCCCAGCAGCCGCCUGACCAACCAAGUCCUCCGCAUCAUCCUGCGCCUCGCCACAUCCAAGGACAAGACCAUCCGCUUCCGCGCCACCCAGACAGUCGCCCACAUGCUCAACAGCCUCGAGCAGAUCGACGACGACGUCUACGCCCUGAUUCGCGCCGCCCUGUUCAAGCGCCUGCGAGACAAAGAGCCCUCGGUCCGCGUCCAGGCAGUCCUGGGCCUGGGCCGCAUGACGGGCGACGACGAAGAGAACCAGAACGACGACAACGACGACAGCGACGACGACGACGACAACGACGGCACCGGCACCAUCCGCCAGAAGCUCGUCAACAUCAUGAUCCACGACCCCGACGCCCAAGUCAGACGCACCAUCCUGGCAAACCUACCCAUCUUGCCCCCCGCAAUGCGAGACCAGUGGGAGCGCGCACGAGACGUGGACCCGGCUACACGAAGAGUCCUCUACGCCAAACUCCUACCAACGCUGGGCGACUUCAGGCACCUUUCGCUCGUCCAGCGCGAGAAACUGAUUCGCUGGGGCUUGAAGGACCGAGACGAUGCUGUGCGCAAAGCCGCCGCACGCCUGUUCCGCGAGCGAUGGAUCGAGGACUGCGCUUCGAAGCGUGACACGAGGCCCGAGGAGGAGAGACUGCCCGGCACCCUCGUGCCGCCAAGUCGUGAGGCUCUGUGCGAGUUACUGGAACGUAUUGAUGUCGUCCACGCAGGUGACGACGACGACGGCAUGGCGCAUGAGGCAAUGAAGGAGUUCUGGGCCGGACGACCCGACUACCGCGAGGACAUCGAAUUCGAUACCGACUUUUGGCUGAACCUGGACCCCUCGGCUGCUUUCAUUGUGCGCAGUCUGAACGACUACUGCCAGGACACCGACGACAAUCAAGUGCGCGACAUGUUGGAGAUGAAGCUGCCCACCGUCAAGGAAUUCGCGUUUAUCCUGCAAAAAGCCCUUAACUCGGUCACGGACAGCAUCACAAAAGCCGCGACCAUGGCAGAAGACGACAGCGAGGCAGACUAUCUCGAUGAGUUGAUCGAAGACGGCUGCUUCAUCGCCAAACAGCUUUUACACGUCUGCCUCACCCUGGAUUACUCAGACGAGAUGGGACGGAGACAGAUGUACAACAUCAUGCGAGACGCCAUCGCGAAGCCUGGACUCCCCGAAGACUGCACAAAGCUUGCCAUCGAGGUACUACGCAUUGUAUGCGGCGUUCGUGGCGAGUCAGACUUCUGCGCUGUCGUCAUGGAGGCUAUUGCAGACGUGCGCGACACCCUCCUAGAUCCAGAGUACAGUGCAGCGGAAGCUGGCGACGACCCAGAGAGCUUCCACUCUGCGCAGUCCGAGGCCAGCAGCCCUCCUCCCAUGGAGAGAAGGCCCAAGUCAGGAAAGGAACUCAGUCUCGAGGAGGAAGAGGAGAAACGGAAUCGGGAGACGCUGGUCUACUCAAAGUGUCUGCACAUUGUUCAGUGCACGCUUCAAAAUGUGACCGCCGACCUCGAGUCCGACACCAACCUGACCAACAUGCUCAACACGCUCAUUAUCCCUGCGGUGCAAUCGCGCGAGCUUAUCAUCCGUGAGCGCGGUAUCCUCUGCCUUGGCACCGCUGCCCUCCUUAGCAAGGAUCUUGCCGCCAAUAACCUCGACCUUUUCUUCCAUUGCUUUGUCAAGGGCCAUGACGGUCUGAAGGAAGUCACACUUCAAGUCCUCGCGGAUGUCAUCAUUACACACCCACAGCUGCUCGCACCGCCUGUGCCCGGUCCCGACACUACAGAACAGAGCGAAGUUCCCGAUAUCAACCCACGACUGAAACCCCUUGUCAAGGUCCUGCUCAAGGGCCUUGCUUCGGAGAACGGCGUGAUCGGGAGCAUCGCCUGCGAAGCAGCACAGAAGCUGGUUCUCCACAACAUUCUGCCUCCGGAAGCGACCGCGGAGAUUGUCAAGGCAUUCACGCUACUCUACUUCGAUCCUGAUGGUAUCACCAACCCUGCAGUGAGGCAGGCGCUGAGCUACUUCCUCCCGGUAUUCUGCCACUCAAAGGUCAAGAAUGCGCAGCUCAUGGCAAGCAUUGCCGUCCCGAUCGUUUCUAAGCUUCUCGUCAUCCGUGAUGAGAUUGAGGAAGAAGAGGACGCUGAGAUGGUGGGCUGGCCAGUCAUCACUGCGCACUUGGCCGACUGGACAGACGGUCGUAAAGUUGUCGGCCAAACGGAGCUUGGUCUCGACGGAAAGAUGAGCUCCAAGGCGGAAUCCGAGUUGCCUCACGUCGCCCUUGCAAUCGACAUUCUCGAGCGCGCGUUGACCAGCACCUGCUCCAAAGACGAACGCAAACCGCUCCUGUCGCUGCUGACCAAGCUGUACAUCUCACCCUCUGCACCAAAGAGGACGGAGGAGAGCAACGAUGACGAGCUUCUCGAGACGCUGCAGGCGCUUGUCUCCGAAGCCGUCGAAGACAAGAUUGGCACAGAUGCGACUCAACGCAACGCCCUGGUCAAACUCGAAACCACCCUCGCCAAACGAAUCGGCGAGGCAGCAAACGCCACGGUCGUCCAAGACGAUCGCGAGGACACCGUAACACCAGAAACCGCAGCCGGCCGCGGAGCACCUGCAGAGGAGCCUCGAUCCAGCGUCGCUCCGUCCGUCGACGGCAGCGAGAUGGACGUGGACGAUGACGAUGACACCAUGUUAGCCGGCAUGCAAGGCGAGGGCACACGCAUGCCGCUUGAAGCUUCCGACAGCGACGACGACGACGACGACGACGACGACGACGACGAGAGCACGCCUCGCCCCGCGAGAACAAAAACAGAAAAGACAGAAGCAGACAUCAUGGACGAGCUGCUUGCAAGCGACGAGGAGAUGGAUAUGUAA